AUGAGUACUACUGCAGAAAGUCAAAACAAGUGUGGCCAGAAAACAGCUUUAUCUCUAUUUUUCUUAUUUGAAUUGAUUGCUUAUGUUCUGGGUUGCGUUGCUCUGAUAAGCCCAAGCUGGCAGUAUGUAUAUCUUGAAAAUGGACGUACAGAGCAUCACCACGGAUUAUGGCUUGAUUGUAAACGCGAUUAUUCUCAUGAUUAUGGUCGAAGUCGUGAAUAUUACGAGACUUUGUACAGACUUGAUAAACAACAGUCACCAUUUGAUCAAUUUUUUCUUACAUCAUUGCUUUGUGUAUACAAAUUCGAUUACUACAUUGAUACUGAAGAUCUCUAUGAUCAUAAUCAUGAUGAGAAUCGUCUCCAAGAUGACGCCAACCAGCAUUUAUUGUUAGGUUGGAAGGCAGCAUCAUUAGCUGCUCUUGGAUUUGCAGCAUUAACAGCAAGUGCAGCAUUGCUGCUUUCAGUUUGCGCUUUUUGUCAUCGUACCCUUAUUUGUGCUGCUGCUGUUCUUGUUACUGUUGCUGCCCUAUUGUCUUCUGUGGGCUUAUUGAUAUUUUACAUUUGGGCCAAUUAUCAGGACAACAAUAUUAUUAAAGAAGAAGAUGGCAUUUAUCAGCAGUAUUUUGGAUGGGCGCUAUAUGUACAAAUAGCAGGGACGGCGAUGCAAUUUUUUGCAUCUUUCGUAGGUUGCGCUGUUACCUCAAUGGCAUUCAGGAAAAGUCGCACUAAAUUGGUUAAGAUCGAGGUGGUUGAUAGAGAUAAUUCAACCUUACUUGAUGGAACAGUUUCGCCUCCGUUCAAGCGUUCGUUUUCAGCAGUUUACAAACUGGACUCAGCUGAUCUCCAGAAAUGGGAAAAGGAUUACACAAAUAUUGUACAGUCAAGCAGUGUCACCAAACAGCGUUCAAUAUCGGUACCGAAUUUCAAGAAGUACUCGAGAAAGGGCCAACAUAGUCCACAGGAAAACAAAAUCACAAAAUCCACUUCUAAUUUAUUCACAAACAUCGAUCAAUCAAAGUGGAAUACUGCUUCCGAAACAUUUUCUUCAACGGGGAAAAUACCACUGCCGCUUUCAUUUCCAGUUCCAAAGUCAAUUUUAAAAGCUUCAUCAAAACAGCAUUUAACGAUGUCGAAUGCAAAUCAACGAUUAAGCGAUGACCCUGAUUUAACUUAUGAAUACUUACCAGGAGACUCCGUGAGAAAUUCACGAAGUACGGAAACAUUAAACAAAUCGUUUAUAACCAACUUUGUUGAUACCAAUUUAUUCGAUCAAAUUAAAGGUGUUCCUAGCCAACGCACACAUUCAGGAAGUUCAGUCAAUGUCUAUGAUAAAGUGUACGAACAUAUCGCAGAUGCGGCUAAAUCACAUGAUCAUGAACAGACGAACAGUUAGGACAAACAGGCCAGUGAUGAAGAUGUUGGAAGAAGUACACUUAUCAACUAUGUGGCCUCUUGUUCAAACGCUACAACCACUAAAUUAACUUUCCCAAAUUCGGUCCCUGGAACGAUCAUUGUACCAACGGAUUGGUGUUCAUCUACUGAUACGCGUCACAGUCUCCCAAUUCCAUCAAAUGAUGUAUUUAUGGCUUCACGAUGUGAUGUCGAGAAAAUAACGUUGCAACCGAUCGCAGAAACAUCUAAUUUGCGAGAUUUUCUACCAGACCAAAACACAAGCUUUCAUUUUUCAAAUGGACACUCAUUGAAUUAUGUUCCGGAUGAUAUUGCAAUCAACACAUUCGAUCUUGGAACACAUAGUGGAAAAGAAGGAGAAAGGUGUUUAGGAGAUGAAAUGGAUCGUUCGGUGGGCUCAUCAGAUACAUUUGAUAAUAACGCAACUGUAAAGAGCGGCCAGCAGCAUGAAGCACAACUGUGUUUAAAUUUGUUCAUGAAUGGUCGGGUGGCGCCAUUGCGUGCUGAACGCAGUUCUGGUGAUGGCUUAGCUGGAACAAAAAAGAGCAGUAUCACCACCGUCUAG